CUUCACCAACAACAACGCGGCUACUCUUUCAUCCAUUUCGGUAGGUUGCUAGCCAACAUAAAGCUGAAAGAUUGACGCUUUAGACCACGUUAAUGUAAAUUAUCUAAUCUCAAUGUUGUAAACACAAUUCUGUAGACGUAUUAACUGGUUAACUUGAACCUAAUUUGCUUGUUCAAUUUGCAAACUUGUUAAAGAUUGAUGCUGAGCCUACCACUAGGCUAGUCGCUAAUGCUAACUAGCUAGCUAACAUUACUGAUCAUGAGUUCACUCAGCAACUCGCCCCUUGCUAAAGAAGAGGAGGUCUGCUGUACGGAGAAAGAAGCUCUGGCGCUGAACAUUGUUGUGGAAGAAGAAGAGGAGGGUAUUACAGUGAAAGGAGAGAAAGAACCUUUCAGAAUGAUAAAGGAGGAAGAGGAGGCUGUUAUAGUGAAAGAAGAGGAGGCUGUUAUAGUGAAGGAAGAAGAGGCUGUUAUAGUGAAGGAAGAAGAGGCUGUUAUUGUGAAGGAAGAAGAGGCUGUUAUAGUGAAGGAAGAAGAGGCUGUUAUAGUGAAGGAGGAAGAGGCUGUUAUAGUGAAGGAAGAAGAGGCUGUUAUAGUGAAGGAAGAAGAGGCUGUUAUAGUGAAGGAAGAAGAGGCUGUUAUAGUGAAGGAAGAAGAGGCUGUUAUAGUGAAGGAAGAAGAGAAAGAAACUUUCAGGAUGAAAAAGGAGGAAGAGGAGGCUGUUAUAGUGAAGGAAGAAGAGGCUGUUAUAGUGAAGGAAGAAGAGGCUGUUAUAGUGAAGGAAGAAGAGGCUGUUAUAGUGAAGGAAGAAGAGGCUGUUAUAGUGAAGGAAGAAGAGGCUGUUAUAGUGAAGGAAGAAGAGGCUGUUAUAGUGAAGGAAGAAGAGGCUGUUAUAGUGAAGGAAGAAGAGAAAGAACCUUUCAGGAUGAAAAAGGAGGAAGAGGAGGCUGUUAUAGUGAAAGAAGAAGAGAAAGAAUCUUUCAGAAUGAAAAAGGAGGAAGAGGAGGCUGUUAUAGUGAUAGAAGAAGAGAAAGAACCUUUCAGAAUGAAAAAGGAGGAAGAGGAGGCUGUUAUAGUGAUAGAAGGAGAGAAAGAACCUUUCAGAAUGAAAAAGGAGGAAGAGGAGGCUAUCUCAAUAAAGGUGAAGAUGGAAGACGUUUUUGGGAGGAAAGAGGAGGAGACAGAUUAUCUGAUAAACACCAGAGAGAGACAUGACUAUUGUGGAUCCUCUGGGGAGCCUCAUCAACAUCCUGAUGCUGACGAGUCAGAGAAGAGUCUCUCCAGAUCAGAACACCAGAUGGACAACGCUAGCCCUUCCUCCCUCCCGAAGUCCCUGUGUCGUGGCUCUCCCGGUAGCACCUUACUGCUGGGUAUGAAGAGGUUGUCUGUGCUGCUGGUGGACUGCAGGAAAUCAACGGGGCUGAGUGGAACUGUGAGAGGAGGAGAAGAGAAGAAAGGAUCAGAUUUGACUCAUCAAAGAGAAAGACCAGACUCAGAGGAACCAGAGCCAGGAACGUCCAAACCAGCAAGACGACACCAGUGCUCCCACUGUAGAAAGGGUUGUAACCGGUUAUGGGACCUGAAACAAAACGAGAAAAUACACACAAGGGAGAAGCCUUACCACUGUUCCCAGUGUGGAAAGUGUUUCAGACGGCCUUGGAAUCUGAAGCGACAUGAGAGAAUACACACAGGGGAGAAGACUUACCACUGCUCCCAGUGUGGAAAGUGUUUCAACAAGUUAGGGGAUGUGAAACGACAUGUGAGAAUACACACAGUAGAGAAGCCUUACCACUGCUCCCAGUGUGGAAAGAGUUUUAAGGAUUUAGGGUACCUGAAACAACAUGAGAGAAUACACACAGGGGAGAAGCCUUACCACUGCUCCCAGUGUGGAAAGAGUUUUAAGGAUUUAGGGUACCUGAAAAAACGAGAGAAUACACACAUGGGAGAAGCCUUACCACUGCUCCCAGUGUGGAAAGUGUUUCAACAGGUUAGGGGAUGCGAAACGACAUGAGAGAAUACACACAGUAGAGAAGCCUUACCACUGCUCCCAGUGUGGAAAGUGUUUCAGGCGGCCUUGUCAUCUGAAACGACAUGAGAGAAUACACACAGGGGAGAAGCCGUACCACUGCUCCCAGUGUGGAAACAGUUUCAAACGGCCUUGUCAUCUGAAACGGCACGAGAGAAUACACACAGUAGAGAAGCCUUACCACUGCUCCCAGUGUGGAAAGAGUUUCAAUCGGCCUUGUCAUCUGAAACAACAUGAGAGAAUACACACAGGGGAGAAGCCUUACCACUACUACCAAUGUGGAAAGAGUUUUAACGAUUUAGGGUACCUGAAACAACAUGAGAGAAUACACACACGAUAGAAGCCAUACCACUGCUCCCAGUGUGGAAAGUGUUUCAACCAGUCGAGGGAGCUGAAACGGCAUGAAAGAAUACACACAGUAGAGAAGCCUUACCAUUGCUCUCAGUGUGGAAAGAGUUUUAACCAGAAAAGCAAUCUGAUCAAACACGAGAAAAUACACAGAGGGGAGAAGCCUUACCACUCCUCCCAGGGUGCAAAGCGUUUGCCCAUUUAGGAAGCCUGAAAGAACACAUGAGACUACACACAGAGGAGAAGGCUUAGAAAAGCCCAGACUGUGGGAAAACAUAUUACUCAUCACAGUCACUUAAACGUCAUGAGAGAAUCCACACAGAAGAGAAGAAUUACUUGUAUAUUGAUAUUUCACAUCACAUUGACUUAAAAUUAAUCAGAGAACAUACACAGUGCUCCCAUUGUCUUAUAUUGUUGACUGAUAAUGUGUUUACCUGUCUUUACCUUAUGAAAUGAAAUGGUACAGGGUAUACUCAAACAUAUAUGUUUGUUUUUAUUAGAAAACAUGAAUUUAAUAUGGAGUAUGUCAAUUUGAAUAUAAAGAAGAUCAGGUUGCUUGUGUUUAAAUGGACCUUUUUUAAACUCUGUGUGUGUGUGGUUAUCUGGGUGUGUCAUUCCUCCAGCACUACAGAUAAUACAGUGAUAUUUGGAUGUGAUGCAUUUGUUCCAUUGUAAAUACAUUUGCAUUGUUGGCCCACUGAUGAUUUAAUGAAAUUCAAAUAUUCAGACUGUAACAGAAAAUGUUAAUUGUAUGUGUGUCCACAUAACUGAUUAUGUGACUAACCUUGUGAAACUGUCCUAUUAUAAUCUCCUGUUCUUGGGACCAUCAUUAUGUGUUGCAAACCAGCUGCACCUGCGUCCUUGUAUGAAUAAAGUCCCUCCCAGGAACAGGAAACUAUAAAGAUAUGUGCUCAUCACCCAAUGCUUCAGGAAUUCAGACUGUCUACACUGCGGUGUGUAAUUCUGUUAUUCUCUCUGAGCUCAGAAAUAAAGAAUCUUGGUUUGA